CCUGGUGAACGGGCGCAUUUUGUUAGGCGGGCUGCCCCGGGCGUUGCGGCCCCGUCGUUUCCCUCCUCCUGGCUCGGCCACCGGUGGCGCCCUUGACCCCCCGGCUGGCCCUCGCGUCGCCCGCCUGCCCGCCCACCGGUCAGCGCCUCUGGUCUGAUUUCUGCGGUUUCCCCGGGACCACUUAGUCUCUACCCGGGUUUCCAUUACUGGAGAAUGAAACAUGACUGAGGAUUCUCAGAGAAACUUCCGUUCAGUAUAUUAUGAAAAAGUGGGGUUUCGUGGAGUUGAAGAAAAGAAAUCAUUAGAAAUUCUCCUAAAAGAUGACCGUUUGGAUAUUGAGAAACUUUGUACUUUUAGUCAAAGAUUCCCUCUCCCAUCCAUGUACCGUGCCUUGGUAUGGAAGGUGCUUCUAGGGAUCCUGCCUCCACACCAUGAAUCCCAUGCCCAGGUGAUGAUGUAUCGCAGGGGGCAGUACUCGGAUGUCCUUCAUGCCCUGAAAGUCGUUCGCUUUGUCAGUGAUGCCACACCUCAGGUUGAAGUCUAUCUCCGCAUGUAUCAGCUGGAGUCUGGAAAGUUGCCACGAAGCCCCUCCUUCCCACUGGAGCCAGAAGAUGAAGUAUUUCUUGCCAUUGCUAAGGCCAUGGAAGAGAUGGUGGAAGAUAGUGUCGACUGUUACUGGAUCACCCGAUGCUUUGUGAACCAGUUAAACAGCAAGUACCGAGACUCUUUGCCCCAGCUGCCAAAGGCUUUUGAACAGUACUUGAACAUGGAAGACAGCAGGCUGCUGAGUCAUCUGAAGAUGUGUUCUGCGGUGCCCAAACUUCCUUAUGACCUCUGGUUCAAGAGGUGCUUCGCAGGUUGCUUGCCUGAAUCCAGUUUACAGAGGGUUUGGGAUAAAGUUGUAAGUGGAUCUUGUAAGAUCCUAGUUUUUGUAGCAGUGGAAAUUUUAUUAACCUUUAAAAUAAAAGUAAUGGCACUGAACAACUCAGAGAAGAUAACAAAGUUCCUGGAAAAUAUUCCCCAGGACAGCUCGGAUGCGAUUGUGAGCAAGGCCAUCGACUUGUGGCACAAACACUGUGGGACCCCGGUACAUUCAGCCUGAACUUCAGCCGUGGACAGCCUGCCAGGUCCACCCUGAACAUUUCGUUGUGGGGCGUGAUCUAAACUGAUUGAAAACAGGAUUCUUGCUUUGGUGCUCAAACUGUAAUUUCUUUUCCAGUAAAAUUAUUUAAUCAGGAGACCUGUUGUCGCUGUGUUGUGAGCAGCAUCUUUUGGUUACAGAGAAGAACAAAGUUCCACUCUGAAUACAAUUUUUAGAAGGGUUGUUGGAGUUUCUAAAGCAGUUCAGGCAGGGAGGGUACAGGUGCUUUAAUCAGCAGUGCAUAACCACACCCUGUCCCUCUUCCCUCUAAUUAGCCCCAGGUCAGAGUCUUUCUGAAGUCUAUUUCUGGAGUGAAGAAUAACUUCCUUUGGCUGAGAGCUUGGAUUUGGCUUUUGUUGAUGCAGUACUUGUUUAGAUCUAAGCUGACUGCUUCUCUGAGGCCUCGUUUUGCUAAAUAGGUUUAAAUAAAGGACUUACAUUUUUUUCUCUUUGUGCCAUUUGGAAUGAAACAGAUAUUGAACAAAGUGUGUCUAAAUUUACCUACCAGGAGAGAGAAUACUUGUUGCUGUUUUGCUGGACCCAUGCUUUUUCCUGAUGGGCCAUUAAAUGUUGGAUGGGCUUCAUGGAGCACUUUGCCACCCAGAGUUGGAGUGGGAGAAGUCACAGGUUAAAGUUAAUAGCCUGUGACCCUGGGCCAUGUUGUGCCUCACAAUGGUUACUGUCCACUGGGCAGUGGCAGGCUUUGAGACUGGGGAGCGAGACGCUGUCCUUUGUGUGAGAUAAUUCAGCUGUCAGACCUGCAGGAGCCUGAGUGGUGAGUUGGAUUCUCCACUCCAUGAAAUUAUGAAGUUAUAAAUCGGAGAGCUCAGUCCCACCCUCCUGUGUGAAAUAACUGUCAAGAAAGAGUUCAGAGCAACCAGAGUUGUUCACCAGCCCGUAUGUCUGUAUAGUAGCAUAUCUAAGAGUAUCUUAAGUUUGUAACACAAGAAAGACAUACACUCAGAACGUUACAGGGUGCAGCCAAGAGGGGGGACCCCAAAUGGGCAUUUGAAAUGGGGUCCAGAACUCAAGGUGUCCAGGAGAUUUUAAGAUGUCUUUACCCCUUCAUGGAGCAAGAACAUGCAGGGCU